AUGAGAUUGUCAUGGUUUACUAGUGUAAUAUAAAAUAGAUAAUGUUUUAGUGUGAGAAAAAGAGGGAUCAAGUAUAAUAAAAAUGUACAUCAAUUAUAAGUUAAUACAAAUCUUAGCAGAAUUUAGGCUUGUAGAAUUCUAUUCAAAUAAAAUUCAAUACAAAAUAGUAAGAAAAUUAGAAGGUAUACCUUUUUCUAUAUAUGAAGGAAGUUUCAACAAUUUGUUAGAAAAUGCUUAAAUUGUUUUUUAGUAGAAAUAGAUUUUUGGGUAAUCCAAAUGGGGAGAAGUUUGAAAAACUUGUUUUGUAUAUAGAUCAAUUGAAGAACUGA